AUGAAAUCUACAAUUCCAUCGAUCUUAAAUCCCAAAAAAACCCAAUCUUUUGUCGGCUCUGUUAACACCAGUACCAAAAAACAGAGCAUUGUGUCCCGAUCGGUUCCUGACCGUAAGAUCCACCGUGAUCGGUUCUUUGGCUCUGUGUCGUCUUCCUCUGACUCAAACUCAAGCAUCUUCUCAUCUUCCGACACCGAACUAACUCACGGUAAGAAGGUAACUUCUUCGUCCAGACCGUUAUGUUUCGGCCCUUCAAAGACAAAACCAAGGAAAACAGAGGACAAGACUCUGUACCACCAAAACAGAGCAACCCGAGUGUACGACGACUACGAUUACACCUCCGACGUCCGCAGAUUCACGAGACACGACGAGAACUGGGAGCAUUCUAGAACAAGAAGACCCGUUAAGAGCUCCUCCGGAAACCUCAAGAAGCCCAAAACCCCAGCUUCACCAGCCGGAAGAAUCGUCAACUUCAUAAACUCGUUGUUCAGCAACAACAAUUCAAAACAGUCCAAUGCUGUUAAGAGCUAUCCGAGGAAGACGAGUUACGACGACUCUGCUUUCGUUAGGAAAACAUCUAAUGAUUAUCACUCAUCUACUACAACGUGUUCUUCAGCUUCUUCUUUCUCAAGGUCUUGUAUGAACAAAAGCUACGAGAAAUCAUCUGACCGUAUCAAACGAAGCGUUAGGUUCUCUCCUGUCAAUGUGAUCGUCCCCGAGAGUUUUACAAACAAAGAAGAGGACUAUUUCAGUAACGUGAGAAAGUCGGUGAAGAAGAAUGUGGAAGAUGGAGGAAGGAGAUCAGUGGAAGAGAUUGCGAGAGAGUUUUUGAGAGAUUAUCACAAGAACCAUGAAAACAGUUUGGUCAAGAAGAAUGCUGGUUUGAUCUUGUGA